AUGGUUCUUGAAGCCAGAGACAAUGCUGUCGACCUCGACAGUGGAUUAAAGGAGUACACAGUGGUCCUAAAGCGGUAUCUGAUAGCGCUUGUCAAUACGGCCUACUACGUGUAUUUUCAUUUGCCUGACGCCCAGCACCAACUAAAACAAAGUACGCUCAAGGAAACACGGAAUGAGAAAUUUAAUCACAUUUCCCAAUUGUACGAGCGCCUUGAUAACGCUAAUUGUGGGGAGCUGAGUCGCACAGAGCUGAAAACUCUGGUUUCCGGCCUAUUCGUGCGCGGAAUCUGGCAGUGUUCCAACGGUGUCAGCGACGAGGUAACCAAGAUCUUACAAAGCGAGCAGCAGAAGAACAAAGAAGAAAAUGACGACAAGAGGGCGCAAGCAAAACGAUUUGUACUGGAAAAAUUGACCAUACAGCUGCGCAAUUGCAUUCUUGGCUUUGUUCAAAUCUAUCACUUUAUCAGAAAACUUCCAGUUCAGCAGCAAUACCAAAUAUCCAAGCUACAAUCGCAGAUUCUUGAGCACGAGCUGAACACUGAUCUCCUUCAGCCAUGGGCCCGUCAAGUAGGUGCUCUGCAUUCGUCUGUAAGUACUGCCCUGAAGGCAGAUACACAAUUUCGUGAAAAACUGGAACAGUACAGGACGCUGCAUCCAGACUUGGUGGAGUCACCCAUCUUUCGAGCAUGUCUAUACUCUGAGGUACAAACGUAG